GUUACGGUUUGGGCUGCCGUGAGCCCGGCCCCUCGAACCCAUUCUCCUCCAGAGCCUGCAGUCAGGGCGUGUCCCUCCCUGCAGUGCAACGGGCAGCGUGGCUAGAGCAGGGCCCACGCCCCGUCUGUGCCCGGGCCAGCGUGCUGGGUAGCUGGACCCACCCCAGGCAGGGAGCACCCAGUGGGCAGGAGAGAUCCCUGCGGUGUUCCAGCUCCCCGGCGAGUCCCCGGCGCAGGGCGCGAUGGCUCUGAGCAGCGCUUUCAAGGCGGUUAACAACAUGCCCGGCGUCAUCGUCUGGAGGGUCGAGAAAAUGGACCUGGUGCAGGUGCCUCCGAAAUCCCACGGCAGUUUCUACGAGGGCGACUGCUACGUCCUCCUCUCGACCCGGCGCUCGGGCAGCGUCCUGGCCUACGACAUCCAUUACUGGGUCGGGAAGAGCUCCUCGCGGGACGAGCAGGGCUGCGCUGCCAUCUACACCACCCAGCUGGACGACUACCUGGGCGGGGGCCCCGUGCAGCACCGGGAGGUGCAGGGCCACGAGUCGGACCUCUUCAAAGGCUACUUCAAGCAGGGCAUCAUCUACAAGAAGGGCGGCGUGGCUUCAGGGAUGACACACGUGGAGACCAACGUCUACAACGUCCGGCGCCUGCUGCACGUCAAGGGGAGACGGAACGUCACGGCCACCGAGGUGGAGAUGAGCUGGGACAGUUUUAACCUGGGGGACGUGUUCCUGCUGGACCUGGGGAAGGUCAUUAUUCAGUGGAAUGGCCCCGAGAGCAACACCAAGGAGCGGCUGAAGGCCAUGCUCCUGGCCAAAGACAUCCGCGACCGGGAGCGCGGGGGGCGGGCGGAGAUCAGGGUGGUGGAUGGCGACCAGGAGGGAGCCAGCCCGGAGCUGACAACAGCGUUGCAGAGCGUGCUCGGGGACAGGCCGCGGAAGAUCAAACCCAGCAUCCCGGACGAGGUGGUGGACCAGCAGCAGAAGGCCACCGUCCUGCUCUAUCGUGUCUCGGACUCCGGAGGGAAAAUGCAGGUGCUGGAAGAGGCCACGAGGCCGCUGGUGCAGGAGCUGUUGAACCAUGACGACUGCUACAUCCUGGAUCACGCCGGGACCAAGAUCUACGUCUGGAAGGGGAAGGGGGCUACCAAGGCAGAGAAGCAAACAGCCAUGGCCAAAGCUCUGGAGUUCAUCAACAUGAAAGGCUACUCCUACGGCACCAACGUGGAGACGGUGAACGACGGAGCCGAAUCCGCCAUGUUCAAGCAGCUAUUCCAGACAUGGGCCGUCCGGGACCAGACGGUGGGGCUGGGCAAAGCCUACAGCGCUGGCAAAGUGGCCAAAGUCAGCCAGGAGAAGUUCGAUGCCACGCUGCUGCACGCCCGGCCCGAGCUGGCCGCCCAGGAGCGGAUGGUGGAUAACGGGGAAGGGAAGGUGGAGGUCUGGAGGAUCGAGAAUCUGGAGCUGGCGCCGGUGGAAUCCCAGUGGCACGGCUUCUUCUACGGCGGAGACUGUUACCUGGUGCUUUACACCUACGGCGUGAACCACCAGCCCCGCUACAUCCUGUACAUCUGGCAGGGUCGGCACGCCACGCCGGACGAGCUGGCCGCCUCCGCGUACCAGGCGGUGGAAGUGGACCGGCAGUUCGCCGGGGAGCCGGUGCAGGUGCGCGUGAGCAUGGGCAAGGAGCCGCGCCACUUCCUGGCCAUCUUCAAAGGGAAGCUGGUCAUCUUCGAGGGUGGGACAUCCAGGACAAGCAGCAACGAACCGGAACCGCCCGUGAGGCUCUUCCAGAUCCACGGAACCGACCAGUCCAACACCAAAGCCGUGGAAGUCCCGGCGUUCGCCUCGUCGCUCAACUCCAACGACGUCUUCCUGCUCCGGACCCAGACCGAGCACUACCUGUGGUACGGCAAGGGCUCCAGCGGGGACGAGCGGGAAAUGGCGAAGGAGCUGGCUGCAACCAUCUGUGACGGCGCCCAGGAAACCGUGGCUGAAGGGCAGGAGCCAGCAGUGUUCUGGGAAGUGCUGGGAGGCAAAGCCCCUUACGCCAGCGACAAAAGGCUCCAGCAGGAGGUCCCAGAGAACCCGCCCCGGCUCUUUGAAUGCUCCAACAAGACGGGACGCUUCGUGGUGACGGAAGUGACCGACUUCGGCCAGGAUGACCUGAGCGAAAGCGAUGUCAUGCUGCUCGACACGUGGGACCAGGUCUUCUUGUGGCUCGGGACGGACGCUAACGUCACGGAGAAGGAGGCAGCGCUGGCCACUGCUUGGGAAUAUCUCCACACCCACCCCAGCGGGAGGGACACUGACACGCCCAUCUUGGUGGUCAAGCAGGGCUUUGAGCCCCCCAACUUCACGGGGUGGUUCGUAGCCUGGGACCCACACAAAUGGAGCGAAGGGAAGACUUACGAGCAGCUGAAGGAGGAGCUGGGAGAUGCUUGUGCCGUUGUCAGGAUCACGGCUGAUCUGAACGGGACAGCUCUCUCUCCCGGCCCUGGGGCCCAGAGUGCUGGCGUGGCUCAGUUCUACCCUCUAGAAGUGCUAACCAACCAGAGCGAGGAAUUGCCUGGAGACGUAGACCCGGCCAAGAAAGAGAAUUACCUCUCGGAAAGUGACUUUGUGGCUGUGUUUGGAAUCGGGAGGGAGGAAUUUGCUGCUCUUCCCAGCUGGAAGCAGAUCAACUUGAAGAAAGAAAAAGGGCUCUUCUAAUGAAGAGAAUGGCACACCCCGCCAACAGGCAGAAAACAUCCAGAGCCCCACAUCAUAGGGGUGGGCUCUGGCUUACCGGGGCUAUACUACACCUGGGACCGAUGCAGUAAGGGACAGGAGGGGGGGGGGUGGUUUUUACUCUUGCACGUGUAUUCGAUCGGCUGAUAGUUUAGCUUUUUAUACACAUUUAAUGUCAUUUCCUUUGUGGCCGCGCAGCCAGGCAUGUGGGCUGCAUUUCAGCUUCACCCGGCCGGCCAAGCGCAGGAGGCUGGAAAACAAAAUACUACGUAUCACUAGCUCCGGCUUUCAAACUUCAGCAAUUGUCUCAAACCUUUAGUGCUGUUGGCAGGACAACUGUACCUGCUAGCAUCUCCUCUCCAGAGGGACACCUCACGCAGGUGAUGCUAGUUUGCGAACAGUAGAAGGGCCAGUUCUAGCCAGUCUUCUGCCUGUAACCUCCCCGCCUGGGUCAUUUUUUAAAAAUAAAGAUGUAUCAUAUGAA